GCCCGAGCGACGCGGGCUCUCCAAUCUGCCAUUUUCUGCUUCGGGAGCCGUGGAACGUCCGGCCCCUGUCUCCCCUUCCCUCCUUUCCUCCCCUCCCCGUCUCUGUCCUCUGCGCCCGCCCGCCUCUGAGAGACCAUGGCCACCGAGCCCACGGCGAUCGCUGAGCUCGCCCCAGCCGACAAGAGGGAAGAAGAGGCCCCUGCUCCGUCCACAUCUGCGGACAAAACUGAUAGCCUGGAUGUGGAUAGUGAAUCUAAGAAGCUGCUAGGCUUGGGGCAGAAGCAUCUGGUAAUGGGAGACAUCCCAGCAGCUGUCAAUGCAUUCCAGGAAGCAGCUAGUCUCUUGGGUAAGAAGUAUGGAGAGACAGCUAAUGAGUGUGGAGAAGCCUUCUUUUACUAUGGGAAGUCUCUUCUGGAGUUAGCAAGAAUGGAGAAUGGUGUGUUAGGAAAUGCCCUGGAUGGAGUACCAGUGGAUGAAGAUGGAGAGAGAGCAGAAGAUCAGUCUGUGGUAGAGAGUACUGAUAACGUAGAGGAGGAAGCAAGAGGCGUGUUGAAAGAACAGGCCUCUGAUGCCAUGAAGGACCAAGAGACAGCACAGGAAGCCCAGGUCGAGGCUGCCAGUGUGAAGGCCACGGCAGCUGCUCCUGCUGCUGCAGGGGAAGCCCAGGGAAGUCCAGCCGAGGCCGAGACUGUGGGAGCUGACGUCGAGAUGAAGGAGGAGGAGGAGGCCCAGGCAGAAGUAGCCCCCGGAAGCCCUGAGAGGGCCCCGAGCACAGCCCAGGAGCCUGAGGCAGCGGCUGCUUCAGAGGAGCCUGAGGCAGGCUCAGGAGCCACAGCUGCUGCCCCCCAAGACGGAAAGCCAGCGGAAGCAGAGGAGAAGCAGGGGGAGGUAGUUGUAGGAGCAGAAGAAGGGCCCAGAGAUGCUUCUGAAGAGCAGCCAGCCCCAGCUCCGGCCCUGGAAGAGCAGGGAGCUACAGCCGAGGUGGAAGGAGAGGCGGCAGACGGGGGAGAAGGGGAGGAGGCGGAGGUGGAGGCAGCCCCAGCCCCAGCAGCAUCCGAGGCUGAGAAAGAAGAGGAGGAAGUGGUCCCUGCUAAAGAGGAGCCAGCAGAGGUUUCAGGUGAGGCCCAGGCAGAGGCACCAAGUGAGGACGAGCCCGAGGAGCAGCCAGCAGCCACCCACACAGAGGGUCAAGACAGUGCACCCCCUGACCCGGGGGAGGCGGUCCCUGCAGAAGACCAGGCCACUGAGGAGCUCACAGACACAAAAGAGAACUCUGCUCCUGACGCAGAGCCUUCAGCAGAGGUGGCACCUGCCCAGGAGGGGCCCCAGGGCACCCCAGAAGACUUCAAGGCAGCUGGAGAUGGGCCAGAGAUGGGCUCUGGGGACCAGGUGGCUCUAGGAGCACCCCCUGAAGAGAAGGAUGAGCUGAUGAAGGAGGAGGAGGAGGAGGAGGAGGGAGAAGAAACUGAAGGCUCUGAAGAGGAGGAUAAAGAGAACGAAAGAGAAACUGAAGAGCAUGGGAGCGAUUCCAAGCUAGAAAACAAGGAGAAUGAGGAGGAGGAAAUUGGAAACCUGGAGCUUGCCUGGGACAUGCUGGAUUUGGCAAAGAUCAUCUUUAAGAGGCAGGAAACGAAGGAAGCCCAGCUGAAUGCAGCUCAAGCUCACCUGAAACUGGGGGAAGUGAGCGUGGAAUCAGAAAAUUACAGCCAGGCCAUAGAGGAGUUCCAGGCCUGCCUUGCCCUCCAGCAGAAUUACCUGGAGGCCCAUGACCGGCUGCUUGCUGAGACCCAUUAUCAGCUGGGCUUGGCCUAUUCUUACAACAGCCAGUACAGCGAGGCUGUGUCUCAGUUCACCAAGUCUGUGGACGUCAUCGAGAAGAGGCUGGCCAUGCUGAACGAAAGGAUAAAGGCGGCUGAGAUGCCAUCCGCCGAGGACGAGAAGGAGGUUGAGGAGCUGAAGGAGCUGCUCCCUGAGAUCAAAGAGAAGAUUGAAGAUGCCAAGGAGUCCCAGAGCAGCGGGAACGUCGCCGAGCUGGCUCUGAAGGCCACCCUGGUUCAGGCUGCAUCUGGUUUCACAUCAAGCAGUGGAAACUCCUCAGCCUCAGGGAUCGCAGCCAGAAGACCCACAGAUGGUGCUACUACGUCGUCUUCCAACUGUGUGACUGACAUUUCCCACUUGGUCAGAAAAAAGAGGAAACCUGAAGAAGAGAGUCCUCUGAAAGAUGCUGAGGCCAAGAAGCCAAAGCAAGAGCCAGCUGUCAAUGGUGGGGGCGGAGAUGGCGAUGGAGGUGGGGAUGCUGCUGCUGCUGCUCAAAUUGAGGCCACAGAAACCAUGGAGGCAGAGGCUGAGAACCAGACCCCAGCUGAACCUGGAGCUGCCACUGUACAAGGCACCGCGUGAACCUCCCAGAGGGAGGCGGGAGGACCCUUCUUCUCUCGAAGGACGAUGCUUUUGUAUAUAAUGUAUUUUUUCACUUUUGGGGACUCUUUUUGUAUAACUUCAAUAAAGAUUGUAUGCAAAGGUU